CUUUCUUUGUCUUUUUUCUUCUUUUUUGUUGUUGAAAUAUGUGUUCUAUUUGUUCACGUCUGGCAUCAUGCACGUUUCUAAACCGUGCAGGAUAACACUGAACUGGGAAGGUCUCCAUAGUGACCGGUGGAACGGAAACUGGUCGGCGGAUGUGAAGUCUUCAAAAUAAAUAAGAUAUGAAGACUGUCUCCACUUACACGGGCGCUGUCAAAAAUAAAUCGCUGUAACAAGCGGUUAAUAACUCACUGGGAAACGGAUCACUUGCAUCGUGUAACGGAAAGUCCAGUUCAUCCCGUUUUUCUAUCCGAACCUGGAGAAACAACGUGUGGGAGCGGUAGGGAGCAGCCGCCGAGGAGAGCUGGAUCCCCGGCAGAAAGCUGACAGAUUGUCGGGGGUACGGCCCUAUUCGGGCUGUCCUCCAUGACCAAAUCUCGGGAGUCAGAGACGCUGUCCGGUCAUGAAAACCAAAUCCACCGUGUGACAUGUUGAUGUGAGGGCGUGAUUGAUGCUUCGUGACAUAUUAGAACGGGGGUUUUCACCGUUCUUUUGACGGUCUCCAGCCUCCCUCUGGCAUCUCUCCAUCCGGGCUGGACUUACCUCACCCCCCCCUCCCCACCCAGCAGGACUCACCCAACUGUGGACCCCCCACCCUCUCUACAGACCUCUCCUCUUCUCCUCCACCUCUCCUCUCCUCCACUCCGUUUCCCCUCAGCUGCUGUAGGGAUUGUGUGUAGAGACGCAAGCUAGCAGCAGAGGCAGAAAAACCACGUUGUUGGACAACAUCUGGACACAGGAAAGAGAAAGAGGAAGCAAAAACCAGGACGUGAGUCAAGAAGCAGGAAGAGGACAGAAAAAGCAAGAAGAAGACACAAAAAUUGGAAACGGGGACAACCUGAAAGCUUUACCAUUGUCAAGAGAACCAGAGUGUUAGCCACUGGGCAGCGCCCCUGGAGUUACAAGACAGUGCCCUGCUCAGGGGCACAAGGGCGUUCAGGGAAGGAUGUGCUGAUCAGUGGGAGCCAGACUUGAGGACUGCUCCUGGGGGAGUCUAUUCCAUCCUGGUCCUGCCCAGCUACCGGCGUCCCCCCCUCCUCCUUCCCCCUACGAUCUCCACUCCUUCCCUACUUAGCCCCACCCCCCCCCAGCCUCCACCAUUCGCCCCUCUCUCGCUACGGCCGUCCUCCCCCCCCGCCCCCACCCCCAUUCCCACCCUCCCUCCCACUCCCCCACUCACCACCAUCAUCACCACCACCAUCACCACUAUCACCACCCUUCGCACCCACACCCUCAUCCGUCGACCCUCCCCCCUUCCUCCCCCUCUUCCUCCGUGAACAUGGCGACAGCUGCGUCCUCCGCGCGGGAGCACCUGAUGGUGGUCCAAAGGCGGAGUCCGCACAUGCGCUACACCAUCAGCCCCGAGAACCUCCGCAGCCUAUCAGAGCAAGGGGGUGGGUCCAGGGGAGGGUCUGGGGAGUCUGGGGCGGAGCCUAUGGGCUUGCAGCGAGCCAAUAGCGACACGGACCUGGUGACGUCCGAGAGCCGGUCCUCUCUCACCGCCUCCACCUACCAGUUCACACUAGGCCACGCCCUCCAGAGCCCAUUGGUCAUCUCCUGGGACAUCAAGGAGGAAGUAGAUGCCACGGACUGGAUCGGGUUAUACCACAUUGAUGAGUCGUGCCCUGCUAACGUGUGGGACUCCAAGAACCGUGGGGUGAACGGAACCCAGCGGGGCCAGAUCGUCUGGAGGCUGGAGCCUGGACCCAACUACAUGGAGCCUGAGACAAAGAUCUGUUUUAAGUACUACCAUGGAGUGAGUGGAGCCCUGAGAGCUACAACACCCUGCAUCACGGUCAAAAACCCUGGAGUCACGGUGGGAGCCGAGGGUCAAGCAGAGGGCCAAUCGGUGACAGAGCACUGUCGUAGACUGGUCAGCUUCACCCUAUCAGACCUGCGUGCGCUGGGUCUGAAGAAGGGAAUGUUCUUCAACCCUGACCCGUACCUGAAGAUGUCCAUCCAGCCUGGCAGGAGGCGGGGCCUGCCGGCGUUCACACACCACGGACAAGAACGUCGCUCCGCCAUCGUCACCAACACCACCAACCCUGUCUGGCACGGAGAGAAGUAUACAUUUGUGGCUCUGAUGACUGACGUGCUGGAAAUUGAAGUGAAGGAUAAGUUUGCCAAGAGUCGACCAAUCAUCAAGCGUUUCCUAGGUCAGCUGACCAUCCCUGUGCAGAGGCUCUUAGAGAGGCCUGCAGCAGAAGAGCAGUGUGUCAGCUACCCUCUGUCUCGCCGUCUGCCCACGGACAAUGUCAGUGGGCAGCUGCAGUUCAGGAUCACUUCCACCGGGCAUGACGAGGCCUCUCCAGAUGCGCUGGGCUCCAUUUUGGGGGCUUCAGGCAACGGGGACCCUGGCAGCCCGUCAGACGAUGAGGACCAGCUCCACCCCGCCCCGCGCCACCGGGGCCCCUCCCCCACCGGCUCUGAAAGCUCGCUAUUGGCUGAGGGUCUGCGCAACGGGGAGGGGCUUGGGGAGAUGGACGAGGAAGUCUGGAGGGAGGGGGGAGGAGAGGAGGAGGUCCUGGAAGGAGCGAACACAGGAAGCCACACCCACCGGCAGGUUUCGUUGAAUGACUACCUGGAUGCCAUUGAGGCAUCUAAGGCUCCGGGGGGGGUGGGGCCUCUGGGUGGGGCGUCGCCACGGUUACGUUCCAGCUUCCCCACGGACACACGGCUGUCGGCCAUGUUGCACAUCGACUCUGACGAGGAUGAGGAAGCGGAGCCACACGUGGACCGAUCGCAGCCGGGCAGGAAGGCUGUGGCGCAGACAGGCUUGGCCAAUGGGGUGCAGGCAUGUGGGGGGAGCCCCGUGGUCUCUGAGCAGGGACAGCAAGGUAGAGAGGGGCAGGCGGGGGGGGAGGGAGACACGGCCGGGCCUGGGGCCGGGGUCGGGGCUGGGGCUGAGAUAGAGGCUAGUUCCGUGAUGGAGGCUCCAUCUGAAGCUGAGGCUGGUUCUUCUUCACGGUCUCCGGCUUGUGAAGCCGGUGCUGCUGCUCCACCUGAAGCCCUGGGGGCGCCAGAGAGCAGUAGCCAGAUCACCCCAGCUGAUAGGACAGCCAGCACCUCCCUCCCUGGUCCUGCUACCCAGGCAGCUCAAGAGAGACAGGAAGGGGAGAGUAUACAGGAAAUAGCUCCCAAGGCUGAGGAGGAAGGGGCGGAGUCCUGCACCAGAGAGGUGGGAGGAGUCGGUGACAUCGCUGACCAGGGUGGUGGGGGAGGGGCAUCGGAAGGGAGGACCAAUGAAGAGGAGGAGGGCGGGGACAUCUGGCAGAGGAGGCAGAGCAUGCAGGCCUCUGGGGGUGUGCCUAAGGCAGAGGGGGCGGGGGCGGCCGAGCCGGGUGGGGCUACGGAGCCCUGUCCCAGUGUGGCUGAGAUGGACAGAGAGCCAGGGGCUGCAGUGAACGGUCACCAGUCUGUCCGUUCUCUUCCUUCUGUCCGUCAUGACAUCAGCCGAUACCAGAGGGUGGAAGAGGCCCUUCCUCCCAACUGGGAGGCUCGUAUCGACAGUCACGGUCGUAUCUUCUACGUGGACCAUGUGAACAGGACCACCACCUGGCAGAGACCCACCGCCCCCCCCGCACCCCAGCUGCUGCAGAGGUCCGACUCCAUCCAGCAGAUGGAGCAGCUCAAUAGACGGUACCAAAGCAUCCACCGGACAAUGACCAAUGAGAGGACAGAGGAGCCGAUAAAUGAUCUGCCUCCUGACGAGCCAGACCUGACAAGCCCCACCCUACCCGAGUACCGGAGGGAUGGUGUGGUGGUCCCCUCCAGCUCCAGGUCCCGUCUGUCUCUGCUCCUCCAGUCUCCCAGCGCCAAGUUCCUCACCAGCCCAGACUUCUUCACUGUGCUGCAUUCCAACCCUAGUGCCUACCGUAUGUUCACCACCAACGCCUGUCUGAAGCACAUGAUCAGUAAGGUGCGGCGAGACGGCCAUCACUAUGAGCGUUACCAGCACAACCGUGACCUGGUGACCUUCCUCAACAUGUUCUCCAACAAGCAGCUGGAGCUGCCGAGGGGCUGGGAGAUGAAGCACGACCACACUGGCAAGCCUUUCUUUGUGGACCAUAACUGCCGUGCCACCACGUUCAUCGAUCCUCGGUUGCCCCUGCAGAGUGCCCGCCCUGCCGGCCUGCUGGCACACCGCCAACACCUGACACGUCAACGCAGCCACAGUGCAGGGGAAGUCAGCCCACGCCGCAUGGUGAGUGAUGACCCUCGUCACUCUGGGCCUCCAGUCUUGCCUCGGCCCUCCAGCACAUUUAGCUCUGUCAACCGCGGCCAACACCAAGACAUGGUACCAGUGGCUUACAAUGACAAGAUUGUGGCAUUUCUACGUCAGCCCAACAUCACUGAGAUUCUGCAGGAGAGACAGCCAGAGUUUAUCAGGAACCACUCGCUCAGGGAGAAGGUGCAGCUGAUUCGGAAUGAGGGAGUAUCAGGAUUGGCCAGACUGUCAGGAGAUGCAGACCUGGUCAUACUGCUGAGCCUGUUUGAGGAGGAAGUGAUGUCGUAUGUCCCUCCCCAUUCCUUACUGCACCCCAGCUACUGCCACUCACCGCGAGGAUCACCUGUAUCCUCCCCUCAGAACUCACCUGGUACCCAGAGAGCCAACGCCAGGGCCCCUGCCCCGUAUAAGAGGGACUUUGAGGCCAAGCUGAGGAACUUCUACAGGAAGCUGGAGACCAAGGGUUACGGCCAGGGCCCUGGCAAACUCAAGUUGAUCAUCCGUAGGGACCACCUGCUGGAAGAUGCCUUCAACCAGAUAAUGUGUUACUCCCGCAAAGACCUGCAGAGGAGCAAGCUCUACGUCAGCUUUGUAGGGGAGGAGGGGCUGGACUACAGUGGUCCUUCCAGGGAGUUCUUCUUCCUGGUUUCCAGGGAGCUGUUCAACCCUUAUUAUGGUCUGUUUGAGUACUCAGCCAACGACACCUACACCGUGCAGAUCAGCCCGAUGUCAGCCUUCGUAGAUAACCACCAUGAGUGGUUCAGGUUCAGUGGUCGUAUUUUGGGUCUGACCCUGAUCCACCAGUAUCUGUUAGAUGCCUUCUUCACCAGACCCUUCUACAAGGGCCUGCUGCGCAUCAUGUGUGAGCUGAGUGAUCUGGAGUACCUGGAUGAGGAGUUCCACCAGAGCCUGCAGUGGAUGAAGGACAACGACAUCGAGGACUCCCUGGAGCUCACCUUCACCGUCAACGAGGAGGUGUUCGGACAGAUCACGGAGCGGGAGCUGAAGCCUGGUGGAGCCAACAUCCCAGUGACGGAGAAGAACAAGAAGGAGUACAUGGAGCGCAUGGUGAAGUGGCGCAUCGAGAGGGGCGUGGUGCAACAGACAGAGAGCCUGGUCCGGGGCUUCUACGAGGUGGUGGAUGCCAGGCUGGUGUCAGUAUUCGAUGCUCGGGAGCUGGAGCUGGUGAUUGCUGGCACGGCUGAGAUCGACCUGGUGGACUGGAGGAACAACACAGAGUAUAGAGGAGGUUACCAUGACAACCACAUAGUGAUCAGGUGGUUCUGGGCAGCGGUGGAGAGGUUCAACAACGAGCAGCGACUAAGACUGUUGCAGUUUGUGACAGGCACCUCCAGUAUUCCCUAUGAAGGCUUUGCUUCUCUGCGUGGCAGCAAUGGACCCCGCAGGUUCUGUGUGGAGAAGUGGGGCAAGGUCACCUCCUUACCCCGGGCUCACACUUGCUUCAACCGUCUGGACCUCCCUCCGUACCCAUCUUUCUCCAUGCUGUAUGAGAAGAUGCUUACUGCUGUGGAGGAGACUUCCACCUUCGGACUGGAGUGACCCCUGACCCAGUCCUGGGGGCUGUCUCUCCUCCCGACAUCAGUCAACAGCUACAGAGGAACCCACAUCCAAGACAAUGGGAAUAUAGACUCCAUGAAACACACUCACACACACUGCUGGGACUGAGUACACUCAGAAGGUUGUGCCUGAGCUCACAGUGAUUACCAGAGGGUGGCUCCCCUGGUGGUCUGGAGGUAUCAGUGCACCAACAACAGCAGCAGCCCUCAGAUGACUCACCAUGGGAGUCUGCAGCUCUGAUUGGAUGAAUCAUGGAACUAGGCUCAGACAGAACAGUAAACUGGCGUUAUCUUCCGCAACACUUUGUCAAUGUUUUAGUUAUCAUAAUUAGGGCGUAAUCUUAUCCUUGUUGCUUUUUGUCAACCUACUCUGCUAAGAUUGAGGAACGCUCCUAAAAAACCUUCAAGUUUUACAGUUUUGUUGUGUUUUUAACCUCCUUCUCUUAUCUACUGAGUGUCUGACACUUUCUACCGAUGUUAGUUUUUUCCUCGUAUAGAUUGUAAUACUGCCCUGUUUUGCUAAGUGGGCCAUGUUGAGUACAUUAAUCUAACUAAUGUUUUGAUAUGCAGACUGAGGAUUGUGACAUGAUGACACUUGUUUGUUUACAUAUGAAGGUGGAUGUACCGUGAUAGUAGGUAACCAACAGCUGCACACGUACACACACACACGUGCACACAUACGGGUGCAGCUACACAUACACACACACCCACACACACAAUUACAGUAAGGAGCACACAUAACACUAUUUCAGGCAUGCAGACACACAGGCAUACAUCUGUGUGUUUCUGUGUCUGUCUCUAUCUCACUCCCUCUCUUUCACACACACACACACAACCCUUUCUCCAUCCAUAUCAUUUAGUCAUUUUUUUUUGUCAUUUGAUAGACAUGCCUCUGCAGUGCUCCUAAGUAUUUGCACUGAAUGUACCAAAGGUUGGGGGCCAUAAACAGCCUUCUCACUCUCUCUCUCUCUCUCUCUCUCUCUCUCUCUCUCUCUCUCUCUCUCUCUCUCUCUCUCUCUCUCUCUCUCUCCAUUUCUCUCCUAAAUCUCUUACAAAGAUGACACCACCAUCGAAUGUUACACCAUCCUUAACCAUAUCGAAACACACACACUCACACACACUGCCACACAGAGGACACUGCCACCUUUGUGACUAAUCUGAAAGUUGCAUCCGUGUUUCAGUCAUUCUCACACGUUUUGUAUCAGAAUGUUUAAUCCACUGCUCAGAAUGUUUCACUGCCCUCGCCCUGCCAGCAACAGCCUAGCUACUGGCUGCCUGGUUGACUGACUUGUUGGCUCAUUGCUUGACUGUCGUUAGUGACUUUCUGGCUGUCACUGGUCAUUGACUGACUUGUUGAUUUUCUGACUGGUUGUCAAGAUUUUCCAGCAGACUUCCUGACUGUCACUGGCCAUUGACUGGCUAGCUGACCGGCAGGUGUGGGGUGUUUGUGGUUGUGUCUUUGUCAGAGCUACACUCUAUGCAAAGCUUUUUUCCCUUGGUCACUCUUAUAUGAUUGUAUGACAUAGAUAAAAUUAAUUGAAGAAAUGUCCCACUCCCGUA